AUGCAAUCAGACAAGGUUUAUAAGGGUGUAGCUGAACACACCUUUCACUAUUUCGAGUUUGAGUCUCGAGAAAAGCAUUUCAUCCUCUCAUUUUUGGAAGUCACAAGUUUCGGGAAAAAGCUUUGCAGAAACAGAGAACAAAUGAAUUACCUUUGGAUCACUACGUGUCUGCUUGCGGGCUUAUUUGCUUCAGCGUUGGCCACGGAGGAAAGCAGGCUGGAGAAGAGGCAACAAUACAUGUGUUUUCCUGGGGAGAGAGACAAAGUCAUGAUAUUAAAAGGUCCCGUCACGGAUUUUGCAAUGAAGGAAAACGCCAUCGUGGUCGAUCUGUCUGCUGUUACAAUCUGCAUGAUUGCAAGCUGGAAUCCUUUCAAUAUAAAACCUAAUGAUAAUCAAUGUGUGUUCAGCUACGCAGUCCCAGGAUCAGAUAAUGAAUUGACGCUCUGCACAUAUCCCACUUCCCGAGUGCUUAUCCAUGGCAACAGAAGAGAUGCUGGUGACAAAGGCCUCCUCAGUGAUGGGAUAUAUCACCACGUCUGUUUCACAUGGAGCAACCAAAAUGGAGAUUAUCAAUUCUGGCAAGAUGGAGAAGUCGUCGGAGGUGGCUCUGAUCUUUACAAAGGAGGCACGAUUAAACGCGGAGGUACUUUGGUCAUUGGACAAGACCAAGACGAGGUUGGGGGAAAAUUCGACCCAGAUCAAUCUUGGAUCGGUAAAGUGACUGGAUUGAAUGUAUGGGGAACGGUCCUGUCAGACAGUGACAUCCAAGCUCAGUUCCACAAUUGUCACGUGACUGCGGGAUCUGUGGUUAUGUGGUCCCAGCUGUAUGCUGAAGAAAGUCUUCACGGCGACGUAAUUGUUUCUGAAAUUCAUUCUUUUGAAAACAAUCUCUGGUAG